UAAUCUUUAUUCUCAUUUCGAGCAUUUCUGCAUUUUCCGUAUAUUUUUCAGUGUUGUGUAAUUAGAAGGUUUUUGUUUCAAUAUUGAGCAGUUUAGAAACAAUGUCCGUGUUCUUUCAACAUAAGUUUAAAAAAUAAAAAUGUCUAACAAGAAAUAUAGUAACUUUGUUAGGCCUACUUCGCCAACUGAAGAACUAGUUAUAUCCAAAAAGAAGUUCCAAAUCAACACGUCGAUAAGUGGAGAAGAAGCAAGAACAUUAUAUUUAGAAGAAGUGGAUAAAGCGAACAAUGUUCAGCCGUCAUCAAGUAAAGACAAUGCUAUAACAAGUUCAAGAAGACGAGCAUCAAAACGUAAGUGUGACCCAAUAUCAAACAAAGACCUAUUCAUAGCAGUACAAAAUAACGAUAUUGAUACUACGAUAGAAGCGUUGGACUCAUCUCCUGAUAAAAUAAAUAUCAUGGAUGAUUUUGGAUGGAGCCUACUUAUGAUAGCUUGUCAAGCUAACUCCAUAGAUACUGUGAAAGAGCUGUUGAAGAGAGGCGUUGACACCACAGUUCGCGAUAAAGCUGGCAACUCUGCCCAGAGUCUCGUAAUUCAGAAUAAAAAUCUAACCAUAGCUGAUAUACUAAUAAGUCAUAAGCAUAAAAGGGAAAAGGAAAUGAAAAUCAAAGUUCAAUCAAAAACCAAAGUGAAAUUAAAAGAGUUUCAUUGUUCUCUCUGCAACCAAGUGUACCAAGAUGAGCAAGAGCACUUGUCAUCUACUGUACAUAAUAUAAAUGCCAGCAGAGGAAAGAAAAUACCAACUAAUUAUGCUAUCCCACAAACUAAUAAAGGAUAUCAAAUUAUGUUAAAGACUGGGUGGGAUAGAGAUUCUGGGCUAGGUCCUGAGGGAACAGGAAAGAAAUAUCCCAUUAAGGCUGUGCAAAAAAAGGACAGGAAAGGUCUAGGAAAUGUGAAAAAGGAGGAGCCAAAGGAAGACACAGUGAAACAUAAAACAAGGAAGUCUUUGGUUAGAGAAUAUGAGAGUAAUAAAAAGAUGGAAAUCAAUUUUAGAAGAGAGUUUUACUAAAAUU